UAGUCACUGUGGCAUUCACACAAGGACUCAAGCUGAUCUUGAGAAAAUUAACAAUGCAAGAGCUGCAAGCUAUGGCCUCUACAGCGAGUAGAGAAGGAAGACCAGCCUUGAUCUCUCAUGUGAGAAGUGAAUUUAAAAAGAGUGCUCUUGUGUCAAGCACUUUUUUUGGCGCCAUCCUUCUUUGCUUGGAGAAGUUCAUUGAAAAAGAGUUUGCAUGCCCUUGCAAUGUUUAUUGGAAUGCUGCAUUUGAAACUGCGUAUUUUCUUGUUCCUGCAGUUGUGGUCUUUUUGCUGAUGAUGAAAAUUAAAGGCUGUCAGUGUAAGAAGUCAAAGGAGACUGCUAAAACUGUGCUUUCGAGCAUUGGCCCUGCCCUGUUUUGGAUCAUCAUUGUGUUGUGGGAUGGCCAUUGUGUUGCCUGUAUGAAGACAACCUGGUCAGGCAGUUACAUAGAAAUUGACAAAGCAGCUCCUCAGAAAUGGUGCAAACCAGCCAACCUCACCUCAUCACAAGAGUUGGACUACAAGACCAAGACUCAGCAUUGGUUUUUCAUGUCUCAGGGCAUAGGAAUGGGGGUGAUCACAUUGAUCAUCGUAGUGUAUUUGAGCUUCAAAUGCUGCUGCCAACAGGAAGUCAGAGAUGUGGAAGCUCCUCGGCCACGAAAUUAACUACAACAGGGAUGCUACCGGUGACAUUCCACUUUAAGAAAUUAAAGGAUAAAAAGAUAAAAUGGACAUAACUUCAAAAAUGAAGGAGACGGAAGGCUUUGGUAAUGAUUAAAGAAGUCCCUACUGUAGAAAUUCAUUCAUUCAUCUUCUAACCGCUUCAUCCUCUUGAGGGUUGUGGGGGGGCUGGAGCCUAUCCCAGCUGACAUUGGGCGAAAGGCAGGGUACACCCUGGAUAGGUCGCCAGACUAUCACAGGGCUGACACAUAGAGAUAGACAACCAUUCACACUCACAUUCACAACUACGGACAAUUUAGAGUUAUCAAUUAACCUAAUCCCCAAUCUGCAUGUCUUUGGACUGUGGGAGGAAGUUGGAGUGCCUGGAGAGAACCCACGCUGACAUGGGGAGAACAUGCAAACUCCGCACAGAGGGGCUCCCACGCCCGGCAUCGAACCGGGAACCCUCUUGCUGUGAGGCGACAGUGCUAACCACCACACACCGUGCCGCCCCUACCGUAGAAAUCAUUUAUUAAAAGAAAGUAUGGAUUAAGCUUAGUAAAACAGUUUUAUUGUCAUUAAUCAUAUUGUUGUAUUGAAAGGAACACGUCUGGCAAUUAAGUGGGCCAUUUUGGUGAAAUAAAAUAAAGUUCAGUCUGCUUCAAAAGAAAUUUAUCUAAAAUCAGUUUGCAUGUCUAAUUCCAGCUUCUUCAUCUGGAGGCCACGUCAUGUCAGUAACUUAGACAGUGGAGAGAAGUGUGUACUUGUGUGUAUGUUGUGUAAAUAAACAAGUUCUGCAGAAACAGAUUACAUCAAGAGGCUUUUAAGAACUAUUUACAAGAAAUAUUUUACUUAAAUAAUGAUAUCUUUUUUAACAUUGCCUACUCCAACUUUGAAAACCGUCUCUGUACAAUUAUAUGAAAUAAUUAAUACAUGACUAUUUCUUGAUCAUUAUUUGUGAUGACGUGAAUCUUUUUGAUUUUGAUUUUCUGUGAUAAGAAUGAAACAAGAAAUUUCCUUUACUCUCUACAAAAUCUUAACUGAAACAAGAGCUGUAAACAUAAAAGUUGUAAAGCUAAUACUUAUUAUAUCUGUUUCAUUUUGUAUAUUCCAUCUUUUCAUCAAAGUAAAAACUGUGAAAUUAAAGUUUGCUUUAACUUGUCUAUGUAAUUACUUUGUGGUGCUUUUACUGUUGACUGUACACUUUGGUCUGUCUGAAA